AUGCGUCCAAUAUUAUUAAAUUUGUUGCAUAAUUGUAAAAACAAAAUUGGCCAAAUACGUUUUUACUGUUCUGAAGUUGUACAACCUAAAAGUGAUAUUCAGCGAAUUGCGGGCGACCCUCGCUUGAUUGAAUUCCACUCAUCAUGGAAACCUGAUGAGGAAGAUGACUUAAGAAGACAAAUGCUUAAGGACAUGCGAGUCAUCCCUGACUUUAUCAGUGAAGCAGAGGAGAUAUCCUUGCUAUCAGAGGUGGAACCUCAGCUGAAGAGGAUGAGAUAUGAAUUUGAUCACUGGGACAAUGCUAUUGAGGGAUACCGUGAGACUGAACGUAAAACUUGGAAUGAGCAAAAUAAUGUAACUCUAGCCAGGUUACGCGCUGUUGCUUUUGAAAAUGGUGCAGAGUUGCUGCCACACACUCAUGUUCUGGAUUUGGCACCAGCUGGAUAUAUAAAACCUCAUGUAGAUGCUGUUAGGUUCUGUGGUGACACUAUAGCUGGUCUCUGUCUAUUAUCAAGUGCAGUAAUGCGACUAAUGCAUGAGAACCAACCAGAUUUUGUAUUGGAUGCCCUUCUUGCGCGGCGAUGUCUCUACAUAAUGAGCGGUGUAGCCCGUUACCAGUUCAACCACGCUGUCCUCUCCAAUGAGCAGAGCAUGUGGCGGGGUGGUAAGCUCCUGAAGAAGCGAAGAAUUGCUCUCAUCUGCCGCGAGCACCCCAAGAAGCCAUCAGACGCUCUUUAA